UUAAAAGUAUUCCUGGUUAAUAUCUGCUCCAUUAAUGACAGUUUAGAAAAGUUCUGCUCUGGUUCAGAGUCUGUUGUUGCUGCCGAUCUGCUGCUCCACUCCAGUCCAGCAGGGGGCGGUAGAUGGACCAAUCAGCUGCUUUGUCUCAGUGACGUCCACCGGAAGUGAAUCUAAAAGGCUCCAGCAGCAGCUCGGCUGGAAGACGGUUGUGUUGUGGAGUAUCAGCUGAAUCUCUGCGUAGUUUCAGCAACAAUGUCUUCAGUUCAGCAUCUGAGAGAGUUUAUCAGAGAGCGACUAACUGCUGCUGCUGAAGAAAUCUUCUCAGAGGUUGAGAAAACCAUCGUCCGCUACGAGGAGGAGCUCCAUGGUCUCCGCAGGAUGAUGGCUAUCAACUGGAACCAGAACUAAAGCUGAGCAGAACCGCCAUGGAGCUGCAGAGACAAAGUUCUGAAACCAAAAAGCCUCAUGCCUUCAUGGAGGAGGAAGCUUCUGCCGUCUCACAGCUCUGUAACCAGGGGAGAAAGUCCUGUAAUGAUCAGACGGAAGUAGAAACUCAGAGGACUGAAGAGGAACAGAUGGAACCAGAUCCUGGUUUAAAUGAAGAACAAGGGAUACCAGGACCUCCGUGGAUUAAAGAGGAAGAGAACAUACCAGAGUUUUCUUGGGUUAAAGUGAAACAGGAGGAACCAGAAUAUCAACUAAAUGUAAAAUGGGAGGAACCAGGAUCUCCCCGGAUUAAAGAAGAAGAAGAGACUAGAGAAACUUGUCUGUUUGAAGAACAAGAUAGAUCAGAAUGUUCACUGAUGGAAGAAGUAAAGGAGGAACCAGAUUCUUCACGGUUUAAACAUAAACACAUGGUACCUGAACAUUUAGCAACUAUACAGGAGCAGAAGGACCUUCACAGUGGUCAGGAUGGAGAACAGAAGAAGUCCACUGCUCUGAUGGAGACUUCUACUCUUCAGAAAGACCUCCUGAAGCCACAUGUCUCCAUGGAGGAGGAAGCUUCUUCCAUCCAACAGCUCUGCAACCAGAGGAGAAGGUCCUGUCAUGACCAGGAGGAAGCAGAACCUCAGUGGUCUGAGGAGGAACAGAGGGAACCAGAACCUCCUCUGACUGAAGAACAGGGGGUGUCAGUACCUUUAUGGAUUAAAGAGGAAAAGGAGGAACCAGAACCUCCACUGAUUAAAGAAGAACAAGGAGAGCCUGAGUCUUCGUGGGUUAAAGAGGAACAAAUGGAGCCAGAACCACAGAUUGGGUCUGAGAAUCUGGCUAAUACUGGCACAGAGAAAAUGUGUUUAAAAUGUGACAUUUGCGGAAAGUCUUGGAAGAGGAAGAGUGAAUUGAAAAAGCAUUACAUAAUCCACACUGGUGAGAGGCCUUUUACUUGUCAGACAUGUGGAAAGAGUUUCUCACGUAUGAGUCAUUUAAAUGGUCACAGAAAAAUCCACUCAGGCGAGAGGCCUUUUUCUUGUCAAACAUGUGGAAAAAGUUUCACUCAGAUGUCUUCUUUAAAACUUCACAUCACAAUCCACACAGGUGACAGGCCUUUUUCUUGUCAAACAUGUGAAAAAAGUUUUACUCAGAUGUCUUCUUUAAAACUUCACAUGAGAAUCCACACAGGUGAGAGACCCUUCUCUUGUCAGUCAUGUGGAAAAAGUUUCUCUCAACUGGGUAAUUUAAAUAUUCACAAGAAAAUCCACACUGGUGAGACCCCUUUUUCUUGUCAGACAUGUGGAAAACAAUUCUCUCACAUGAGUCCUUUAAAACUCCACAUGAGAACCCACACAGGUGAAAAGCCUUUUUCUUGUCAGACAUGUGGAAAAAGUUUCUCUCGUAUGAAUCAUUUAAAUGUUCACAUGAGAAUCCACACAGGCGAAAGGCCUUUUUCAUGUGGAAUAUGUGGACAAAGCUUCACUCGAGGUGACUGUUUGAAUCUCCACAUGAAAAAAAAGCAUAAAAGUGAGUAGACAUUUUUACUUUCAAACGUAAGUUUAAAUAUAAAAAUUUCCCUUGGUCGUUUCCAGUAGAGACCCUAUGCUGCCACCUUCUGGAUUGAAGUCCAAUAUUUUAUAUAAACAUGAAGUCUGCCUUGUAGGUCUAGGCAGUUUUUCAGCUGUAAAUAUAUAUACCUGUGUGUUUGUGUGUGUGUGUGUGU